AUGGAAUUUAAGUUUCUUGUAGUGCUCGCCUUUGUGGCCGUAGCUCGUUGCUCCGUGGUGCCAGCUGUCUCAGUGGUGCAAGCAGACGGCGACUCCUCAAGCUUUGCGUACGACGUGGCUGACCCCAACACCGGUGACUAUAAAAGUCAAGUGGAAUCUCGCGUUGGUGGUACAGUCAAGGGGCAGUACUCGUUGCUCGACGCUGAUGGCACCAAACGCAUCGUCGACUACACCGCUGAUGACGUCAAUGGCUUCAACGCAGUUGUGAGGAAGGAGCCCGCUGCUGUUGUAGCUAAGGUUGCCCCCGCAGUUGUCUCCGCACCAGCUGUCAGCCCUGCCUAUGUCGCUCGCUCCGUGGUUACACCAUCCGUCUACUCAAUUGGAUCACCUUCGUUCUAUGAAUCAUCACCCACUGUUUACGCUUCGAGAGCUUUCGUAGCCCCUUACUACUACCCGCGCACUCCUUACCCCUACAGUUCCUAUGCUACCGCUUUGACUUACCAG